GCAAGCCGUGUGUGUGUUCAUUCCGGUGUUGUUGGUUGCCAUAGAAGGGACGUCGUUCCUCUCUCAAGUGAAGUGAAGCCUACACUUUUGCGUCUUACCACGUUGCUUUGUAGCCGUCCAGGGUUGAAAGAAUAUACUGACAGACUGCAACGGUCCGGAGGAGAGCACUCCUCGGAGAACACGUCCGGAUGCACUAAUCCAGAAGUCUGAACAGGCGGCACAGGAGAUGAGGCCAGGGUAGCGGGGUGAGCAGUGAGGAUGCGUUGUCUAGCAGCCCGGGUGCACUACAAGACCCUGAUAGUGGUCUGCGCUCUGCUCACCUUCCUCACCUUGCUGCUGUGGAACAGGUGCUCCAGUGAGAGAGCCCUCCGCACGGUGGCCCGGCCGCCCCCACCGCCCCCCCCGGCCAGCCCCAGAGCGGACGGCCUCCGGCAGCAGAGGGCCCAGCCGCCAGAGCCCCCGCCCGUAGCCGGUGGGCUGCGCUACGAGGAGAUCGACUGCCUGAUCAAUGACGACACGACUAUAAAGGGGCGGCGCGAGGGCGGCGAGGUCUACCUGCCCUUCAGCUGGGUGGAGCGGUACUUCGAAGUCUACGGCAAGGUGGCGCAGUACGACGGCUUCGACCGCUUCGAGUUCUCCCACAGCUACUCCAAGGUGUACGCGCAGCGGGGACCCUACCACCCCAGCGGCGUCUUCAUGUCCUUUGAGGGAUACAACGUGGAAGUGCGCGACAGGGUGAAGUGCAUCAGCGGAGUGGAAGGAGUGCCGCUGUCCACUCAGUGGGGACCACAGGGUUAUUUCUACGCCAUUCAGAUCGCCCAGUACGGCCUGAGCCACUACAGCAAGAACCUGACUGAGCGGGAGCCCCACAUGGAGGUGUACGAGGCUGGCGAGGGCAAAGCGGACGCUUGGGUUGUGCCCAAGGGCUGCUCGCUAACCCGCAGCCACGACAAGACCCGCGCCACCUCCGUCCGUCUCUUCAGCGCCCCGGAUGCAGCCACGGAGACCUCAGAGGCAUUGUCUCUCACCCUGGGCAACUCGAAGGACUUCAUCAUCUCCUUUGAUCUGAAGUUCACCUCCAACGGCAGCGUGUCCGUCGUCCUGGAGACGACAGAAAAGGGGCCUCCUUUCAUAAUCCACUACGUCACCUCCACCCAGCUCAUCGCCUUCAAAGACCGCGACAUCACCUACGGGAUCGGCCCUCGGACAACCUGGACGACGGUGACCCGCGACCUUCUCACCGACCUCCGCAAGGGCAUCGGUCUGUCCAACACUAAGGCAGUAAAGGCCACCAAGACGAUGCCACGGCGAGUCGUCAAGCUUUUGCUCCGGGGCCGGGGGGCCAUCGAUAACAUCACCAUCUCCACCACCGCGCACAUGGCCGCCUUCUUCGCUGCCAGCGACUGGCUGGUGCGGAACCAGGACGAGCGGGGUGGGUGGCCCAUCAUGGUGACACGCAAGCUCGGCGAAGGCUUCCGGCCCCUGGAGCCCGGCUGGUACUCGGCCAUGGCCCAGGGCCAGGCCAUGUCCACGCUGGUGCGAGCCUACCUGCUCACCAGGGACGAGACGUACCUGAGGGCCGCCCUGCGGGCCACAGGCCCCUACAAGCUGCCCUCGGAGCAGCACGGGGUAAAAGCCGUGUUCAUGAACAAGUACGACUGGUACGAGGAGUACCCCACCAUGCCCGGAUCCUUCGUCCUCAAUGGCUUCAUCUACUCACUCAUCGGCCUGUACGACCUCACCCAAACAGCGGGUGAUGUGGACAGGCGCGAGGCGGCCCAGCUCUACAGCAGGGGCAUGGAGUCGCUCAAGGCCAUGGUGCCUCUGUUUGACACGGGCUCGGGCACCAUCUACGACCUGCGGCACUUUAUGCUGGGCACGGCGCCCAACCUUGCCCGCUGGGACUACCACACCACACACAUCAACCAGCUGCAGCUGCUUGCAUCCAUAGACGACUCACCCAUAUUCAAGGACUUUGUCAAGCGCUGGAAGAGCUACCUGAAAGGGGGCCGGGCCAAGCACAACUAGAGCCAGUGGUCCAGGGCGAGAGGGCUGGCAGGAUGCGGCAAGGGCACUCAGCAGCCUGCAGGGAGAUGAGCUGGCAAGGAUGAGCUCAGCAUAGCCCACUGCAGGUGCCAGCCGUGGGGCACAGCAGAGGAUCUCGUGGGAUCCAUUUGGAUUUGAAGCUGUAAUUGCUCAUCAUGUAUUCAUCAACUCUAUGCUAGAGGUUCUAAUAAGUACAAAUGCGAAUAUUGUCGUGUGCGUGCGUGUGUGCGUUCUGCGUGUGCAUUCUGCGUGUGUGUGUGUGUUCUGCAGUGUGCCUGUGUG